AUGGUUACAAAAUUAAUCAAGUUUAUAAUUUUAAGGCCAAGAGGAAUUCCUCAAAAUUUAGAAUUAGAAAUAAAUUGUAAUGAAAUAAUUAAAAAUCUAAAGCAAAAAUUAUUUCCAGAAGAUAUAAAAAAAGACUUAAACGUAAGAUUAAUAUAUAUGGGUAAGAUAUUAGAUGAUAAAAAAAAACUAGAAGAUUAUUUAAAUUUUUAUCAGAAGGAACUUUUAAUAAAUAACAAGAAAGACAAUUAUUUUAUCAAUGAAAAAAAAAAUGAAAAUCAAAAUGAAAUAAAUAAGGAUAUAAAUAAUCAAAAUAUUUCAAGAAGUUAUAAGGAAAAUAUUCCUAUUACUAUUCAUGUAAAAAUUACUGAAAAGUCUACUUCUGCAAAAAAUGCAAAUAAUGAAGGAAAAGGCAUUAAUACAUCUUUAGCUCAAAUAAGUUUAGUAGCUUUUGUUUUAUUAUUAUGGUUAUACAGAUAUAAUUAUUCAAGUAUUUUUCCGUUGUUUUCAACAACAGUAUUAUUUUUAUUUACUAUUUUAAUUAUGACAAUUAUUUUUCAUUCUUAUUUAGUUUUAUUCUUUAAUAUUGCAUUCAAAGUUAUAACAACAAUUUAUCAAAUUAUUAAAUAUUACUUUGUUCGCAUAUAUACUUACAUCAUUCAAAAAAAAGAGAAAUUAUGUAUUAAAAAGAAAUUAAAAAACGAUGAAAAUGAUGAGAAAAAUUUAAAGGAAAGCUAA